AUGGGCUGGGGUUCAAAAAUCACAUCUGGAAUCAAAUCUGGAAUAUCCGGAGUCAAAAGCCUCUUCAGCUCUGGAUCUUCUUCAUUCUCUCCAAGCCCUCCCCCUCCCCCUCCUCCUUCAUCCCCACUACUAUCAGCACCACCAUCAAACCUACCACCACCGUCAGCACCACCACCACCACCAACAUCUGACACAAUGAAAGACCCCAAACUCAACAAACCCGCCAAAACCCUCAAGGACAUAACCAAAAUCCUAGGUGGUGGCAGCAACAGACGCGGAAAACACCACAACCGUCCCAACAGUGGCAUUUUCGGCGGCUUCGGCGGCAACAACGAUCAUGGCAACAGCAGCAAACAUAUGGGCAAAAAGGAUGACCUAAUAAUAGGCAUCAUAACCUGUCUGAUCGGACUAGUAGUCGUCUCCCUAGCCGUCUUCGCCCUCGUCAAUAAAUUCCGACAAAAGAGAGCUGCUGCCGCUGCUGCCGCUGGCACAGUCACAAAACGUGACGGUGCGGGUAUCAAGGAUAAUUCCAGUCAAGAUCUUGAUCUUGAGAGUGUUAGGGAUUUUCGUAGCGCUGAUACCGAUCAAGAACAAACCGGAUUUGUUACGGAUAGUUCGGUUGGAGUUGCUUUUCGUACUCAAAGUUUUAACAAUGAUGAGAAGUUGGGGUUUAUUAACGUUGGGGGAAGUGAGUUAAUGCCCCCCGGUACCGGUGGGUUUUGGGGUAAUUCAGAUCCUACAUUGUCAAUCGAAACCGCAGCUGCAAUGUCGGGAUCCGUGGGUUGUUCGAAUUGCGCACAGUAUGGUUCUACGGGGUGUGAAUCCUGUGCUGGAGGGAGUGAUUCACAUACUCCUGUUCCUGAGGGUAUAUCCGACCAGACUUGGAUACAGAAUAAUGCUGCGGCUGAAGCUGCUAUGCUUGAGGUUGCACCGUCUAGUCCUAUGACGGUUGUUUUGCCGGGUAUGCAGCUACCUGAAGUUCAGACUUCGACUGGUAAUUUUGUCGAUGCGGAGGAAACUAUUGGGAUCGCGAAUGGGGGGCAGGAUGUUCCUGCUACGGAGAAUACGUAUGGGGCCGGUACUACUGGUAUUAGUCUUGAAACUCCUAGUCUUGAUCUUCAGCCUUCGGAGGAGUUUAAUGCUGAGAGUAUAUUAAGACUUAGCUGA